UCUCUUCAGACUUCUUCAGGUUGCGUCGAGACUGACAAGACUCAGUUUUCAAGUUCAACUGCUGCAACACGCCUGUUGUUGUGCUGAGUUCUAGUAACUUCUAGUAUAGUUUCAAGUAACUCCUUAUCAGCUGCUAGUAUAGUUACUUCUAGUAAGUGUGGACUUCCAGUAAUCAGUAGGGAGCAGGUGUUGAAACCAGUGUUAAAUCAAGAAAUUUCUAGUAGCAGCCAGUAUUUUCUAGUAUAAUUUCUGCGGGAGUGUUGAGUGUAUUAUUUACUUUUUUCAGAUUGGGUACCGAAAUUUGGAAAAUUCUAGAAUGGCGGGGUGUUUGAAAGAUCGCAUAGACAAACGGUACCUGAUCGCAAUAUUAUGCUUUUUCGGACUAGCAAAUGCCUACGUAAUGAGGUUUUGCCUGAGCAUAGCGCUGACAAAAAUGGUGAUAGCACAUAAUCCAGGCAACUACACAAAAUUCUCUGACAAUGAAUUCGACUAUUGUCCAAACACCAAUGACAACAAAACGGCUUCUAUCUCUGAAGGUACGGUAAACGAGAACAUAUCGACUGGCGGUGGGGGCGAAUUCGAUUGGAGUGAAGCGGCACAAAAAGCAAUAGAAUCAGCUUUUUUCUGGGGUUAUCUACUGUCACAGGUGCCAGGUGGAUUACUAGCCGAGCGCAUUGGGGGCAAGCACACCCUUUCGGUGGGCAUUCUGAUAUCGACGGUGGGCACACUUUUGACCCCCCUGGCGGCGCGUGAGGGCGACGUAUUGGGUCUUAUCGAAGUGCGCAUCAUAAUGGGCAUUGGGCAGGGCCUGGUUUACCCUUCUUUGAACGUCAUCCUAGCUAACUGGGCUCCAACAGAGGAGAGAGGGCGUUUGGGAGCUAUUGUGUUCUCAGGAGCCAACCUAGGUAGCGUGGUAGCCCUGGGUCUUAGCGGAAUCAUUCUGAGCUGGUGUGACGGUGCCUGGCCAGGGCUGUUCUACGUGUAUGGCCUGAUGGGAUUGCUAUGGCUGGCCGUCUGGUGCAGAGUGGGUCACAACAGCCCCACCGAUGAUCCCACCCUGUCCGACAGAGAGCGCCUGCAUUUGAUCAAGUACCACGAGGAGGCUAAAUUACAGGCAAUGACUGUUAUACCGUGGGGAAGCAUUCUGACGUGUAUCCCACUGUGGGGUCUGAUAGUGUCGCAAAUUGGUCACGACUGGGGUCUGUUCGUCAUGAACACCGAUCUACCAAGAUACAUGAAGAAUGUCAUGCAUUUCACCAUUGCACAGAACGGUCUCCUGUCAGCCAUCCCCCACCUUCUGAUGUGGUUGACAGCGAUCGCGUCAGGCUGGUGGGUUGACUCCAUUCUGAUCCGUAAGGUGCAUUCGGUGAGCGCCACCCGUAAGCUGUUCACUACGGUCUCCUCACUGGGCCCCGCCCUGGGCAUCAUAGGGGCCGCAUACGCCGGCUGCAACCGGUUCGUCGUCAUCAGUCUCAUUGCGAUCGGCAUGUCCUUCAUGGGAUGCUUCUAUCCCAGUCUCAAGGUGAAUCCGUUAGAUUUGAGUCCAAACUACGCGGGCACCCUUAUGGCACUGGUCAACGGAAUUGGGGCGGUUUCAGGGGUGUUCAUCCCUUAUAUUAAUGGCCUGUUUGUUACUCAUAACACCCUGAACCAGUGGCAAGUCGUGUUUCUUCUAUCAGCAUUUAUUCUGAUAGUGACAAACGUGUUCUACCUGAUAACCGGAUCAGCAGAAAUUCAGCCUUGGAACGAUCCCAAGUACACUGAGAAGAUGGAGGAGAUACGAUAUGAUAAAUACAAAAACUCAGUUAACGGACUACCACCCACCGGAUUUCUGAAUCCAAUGUCUGCAAGCUGAUUGGAGAAUGUGUCUUCUAGUUAAGAUAAAAAAGUACAUAAAUUUUAGAAUAUUAUAAGUAGUGAUUACUACAAUAAAUUGAUGAAUGUACACUAUAUACUUUUAAUAAUAAAGUAUCCUAUUCACUACUUUUAGAGCUCCAAGAAUUAAUCUUCUUGAAAUGAUAUUCAAUGUAUUGUUACUGUAAAUAAUGUAUUUUUUGGAAACAAUAAAAGAUUAUUAAACCAA